AUGAAUAAUCUCCUAUCUUUUGCUCUUAUUUCCGGAGUUUUCGGCCAACAAUUAAUAAGUCUGAGCCAUUUGAAAGGAGCAAAUGUUCCGAAUUUUUUGAAAAAUGAAAAUGUGGUUUCUCUGUAUGUUUCUGCAAGUUUCGAUGAUGACGAUGUGCUGGCAAAUGUGAUGGUGGUGUCUGGAAAGGAUAAAGUUUCCCUUCAAGAUCUGAAAUACAGAACAAUGGAAACCCCAGUAAAUUCUGAAAUUCAACGACCGUACCCAAUUCAACCAAAUUCCUAUAUUACAUCGAAUUUGGCGGAUUUUCAAUUGGCAAAUUUGAAAGGAGUACUGUACUACAAUACAGCUAAACAGUUUCAAAAUGGAAACUUCUACGUGAUCGACGUCCACAGUGUUCUGAACAUAGAUCUACAAAAAUUGGGUGACGUUGAAGCUACAGUAGUCUUUCUGAGUACAAUGACAAAUACGAUGCCAAACCUAUCCUCAAAAAUCAGUAAUUGGAAACAGGAUCAAAAUGCUUCAAUAGCAAUCUACAAUGGAAUUCCUCAGGAUGGAAUUGAACUAAAAAACACUCAAAUCUUCUCAAAUCCAGUUCACAGCGACAUUUUCGAUUGGCUUUAUUUCAAAAAUGUGGAGACAUUCUCGUUGAGUUCUGUGGCGUUUUACUUGGACUCUUUCAAAGGAUGCACCUUUAAAAUUGAGCCAGGGAAAGCAAUUCUUGGUGGAACAACUACAACUGCAUUAACUACCACUGGAUUCUACAUGAAGAGCUCGGGAGAACAACAAACGGUUACUCGAGUGAAUAUGAUGAAAGAUACCCAUUCAAAUGGUUACACUGGAGCUAAUAUUCUUGGACAUGUCCCAAAUGGCGCCACUGUCACAUUUUACGUUGAGGACAACGGCAAAAAUUAUUGCACUGACACCGUCCCAACUGACUUUUUCGCUCCAUGGAGCACUCCAGUCGUUGGCGAUGAUAUUGUGAUAAAUUCGAUAAGUGCACAAAUGGGACAGUACUUUGUACAGUAUUUUGUAGUUCAAGGAAAACAGCUGAACUUCACUACGGCAGCUCCAGGAGAGCCAACUGCAAAUCCAUCGUGUACAAUUCCUACGGUAACAACUACAGUACACUUGGAAACUACUACAAAACUAUCUGGAAGGGUUUUCACUGAAUUAUUGACAUAUAUGAUUGUUUUAAUUCUUGGAAGAUGUUUUUGA